AUGGCCGCUACCGAACGGGCCGUUGCCUCUGGCGCGGACGUCGGCGACACCCUGCGAAGACGCGAUGUCCCUUCUACCCAGCCCGGUGCCGUGCAAGGCCAGCCUCAGGCCGACGACAAGGAGAAGGUAAAGAAGGUCAAGAAGCAGCCAUCGAUUCUCCAAGUACUCGACGAGUGGGAGUUCCUCAUCGCUCCCAUCCUCUUUACCGCCCUCGCCUUCUUCACCCGCCUCUAUAAAAUCGGACUGUCCAAUAUUGUGACCUGGGACGAAGCACACUUUGGAAAGUUCGGAUCCCACUAUCUGAAGCACGAAUACUACUUCGAUGUCCAUCCACCUUUGGGAAAGCUUCUUGUCGGCCUGUCAGGUUAUCUUGCCGGAUACAACGGAUCGUUCGAGUUCAAGUCCGGGGAGACGUACCCCGAAGAUGUCAACUACACCUUUAUGCGCCAGUUUAAUGCCUUCUUCGGUGCCAUUUGCGUUCCGAUGGCCUACUGGACCGCCAAGGAAUUGAAUUUCAAGCGACCAGCAGUGUGGCUCGUCACACUUAUGGUUCUUUGCGAGAACUCGUACACCACCAUCAGCAGAUUCAUUCUGCUUGAUUCGAUGCUCCUCUGCGGCACCGUUGCCACGACCCUCUGCUGGGCGAAAUUUCACCGGCUCCAGGACAAGAGUUUCGAGCCCGAAUGGUUCUUCUGGCUGUUCAUGACGGGAUUCAGUAUCGGCUGUGUUACUAGUGUUAAACUGGUCGGGCUCUUCGUCACUGCGCUGGUUGGACUGUACACAGCUGAGGACCUGUGGAACAAAUUUGGCAACAUCCGGAUGCCUUACGCGGAACUCGGAGCCCAUCUUGCUGCAAGAGUCGUGGGUUUGAUCGUUCUCCCGUUCCUGAUCUACAUGCUCAGCUUUGCAAUCCACUUUGCCGUUCUCACCGACAGUGGGCCAGGUGAUGCCCAGAUGAGCUCGCUCUUCCAGGCUAACCUGCGCGGCACCGAGGUAGGCCAGAACAGCCCGCUCGAGGUGGCGUAUGGUUCUCGGGCUACAAUCAAGAAUAUGGGUUAUGGAGGCGGACUCUUGCACUCCCACGUACAAACAUACCCAGAUGGUUCUGGUCAACAACAGAUUACCUGCUACCACCACAAGGAUGCCAACAACGAUUGGUUUUUCUACCCGAACCGCCGUGACAAGGAUUACGACGAGAACGAGGAGCCUCGCUUUAUUGGAGACGGCGAAGUCAUCCGUUUCAUCCACGCUCAGACUGGCCGCAAUUUGCACUCACACGACCUUUCUGCCCCUGUUACCAAGGCUGAUAAGGAGGUAUCUUGUUACGGCAACUUGACAAUUGGCGACGACAAGGACCACUGGAAGGUAGAGGUUGUGCGAGACGUUGCAUCCAGAGACCGCAGCAGAAUCCGAACCUUGACAACUGCGUUCCGACUGAAACACGAAGUUCUGGGCUGCUAUCUGCGAGCUGGUAACGUCAACCUGCCACAGUGGGGUUUCAGACAAAUUGAAGUUACUUGCACCAAGGAGAACAAUCCCAGGGACACAUACACACAUUGGAACGUGGAGGCUCAUUGGAACGAGAAGCUGCCUCCUGCAGAACCUGGCCAGUACAAGUCGCCAUUCAUCCACGAUUUCAUCCACCUCAACGUCGCAAUGAUGACAUCCAACAAUGCCCUGGUUCCUGAUCCAGACAAGCAGGAUGACCUGGCUUCUCAGUGGUGGCAGUGGCCCAUUCUGAAUGUUGGAUUGCGCAUGUGCGGUUGGGACGACCACAUUGUCAAGUACUUCCUUUUGGGUAACCCCUUCGUCUAUUGGGGCUCGACGCUGUCCAUGGGCCUCAUCGGCACCAUUGUUCUAUGGUAUCUCGUCCGGUGGCAGCGGGGCUUCAAGGAGCUGUCCCAAUCCGACAUCGAUCAGAUACAUUACGCCGGCCUCUAUCCACUCGCGGGUUGGUUCCUGCAUUACCUGCCGUUCGUCAUCAUGGCUCGUGUCACCUAUGUCCACCAUUACUACCCUGCCCUAUACUUCGCGAUUUUGACGACGGGCUUUUUGGCGGACUGGUGCCUGCGGAAUCGCAACCAGGUCCUCCAGGCUGUCUUGUAUGGUGGGCUCUACGCUGUCACCAUCGGUCUCUACGUCUACUUCAUGCCAAUCUGCUGGGGCAUGACUGGCCCAAACAAGGACUACAACUACAUGAAGUGGUUCGAUGCCUGGAGAGUGACGGACUAG